GCUAGUGGCAUCGAUAUCGGAAUGUCCUACGUAUCGAUGCUACACCGUUCAUUAACGGCCCAACGCUCGAGGACGCAACAUUGUCACUUUGAUAUCGGUUUGACCAAUUGCAGAGCAGGGGGGGCUACAACAGCAGUAGCGAGGGCGGAAACACGAUGACUAAAAUCGCCGGCAGCGACACCGGCAACACGAUGACUAAAAUCGCAGGCAGCGACACCGGCAGCGAGAGCAGUAGCUCCAAGGAUCCGAAGAAGACUUACCCAGUUUCCAUUUACCACUACCAAAACGCACAGACCAUCACCUUGGGCAGCUUCAUCGAUAAUCAGCUUUUAAAGCAAGCCAAAAAGAAUUCGGGCAAAUCUCAGAGAGUCAUGAAACAGCUGUCGGAGCGAAAGCCUAUGACACCAACUGAGCCAUUGAAUCCAAUCCAACCUGUGAAUCCGAAGGGCCAACAAAAUCCAAUGGGACCUGUGAAUCCAAUGGACCAAGAAAUAUUACAGGAGUCAGUGAACCCAAUGGGCCAAAUUGAACCAAUUCGCCCACCGAAUCCGAUGGGCCAAAUGAAUUCAAUGGAGGCAAAUCCAAGUGACCAAAUGAAUUCCAACGGGCCAAUGAUUCCACUUGGCCAAAUGAAACAAAUGGGCCCAAUGAAUCCGAUAGGCCAAAUAAAUCCAAUGGAGUUAGCGAAACAAAAUGGACAAAUAUAUUCAAAGAGCCAAAUGAAUCCGAUGGGCCAAUUGAAUUCAAUGAGCCAAAUGAACCCGAUGGACCAAAUGGGGAGGCCAGUGAAUCUAAAUGGUCAAAUGAAUCCAAUGGAGCCAGGGAAUUCAAAUAGACAAAUGAACCCAAUGGGGAUAGUGAAUCCAAAUGGCCAAAUGAAUUCAAUGAGCCAAAUGAACCCGAUGGACGAUAUGAAUCUGAUCAGGGGACCAGUGAAUCCAAAUGGUCAAAUUUAUCCAAUGGAGCUAGGGAAUCAAAAGGGACAAAUUAAUCCAAUGUGGCCAGAAAAUCCAAAUGACCAAAUUAAUCCAAUGUGGCCAGAAAAUCCAAAUGACCAAAUUAAUCCAAUGUGGCCAGAAAAUCCAAAUGACCAAAUGAACCCAAUGGGGCCAGUGAAUUCAAAUGACCAAAUGAACCCAAUGGGGCCAGUGAAUUCAAAUGACCAAAUGAAUUCAGGUAGCCAAAUGAAUCUGAUGGCCAAAAUGAAUAUGAUGGGGAGGCCAGUGAAUCCAAAUGGUCAACUUAAUCCAACGGAGGAAGGGAAUCCAAAUGGCCAAAUAAGCCCAAUGGGGCCAGUGAAUCCAAAUGACCAAAUUAAUUCCAUGAGCCAAAAGGAUCUGAUCGACCAAGUAAAUCUGAUGGUCAAAAUGUGUCUGAUGGGGGUGUCAGUGAAUCCAAAUGGCCAAAUAAAUCACAAGGGGCCAGUGAAUUCAAUGGAGCUAUUGAAUUAUCUAAUGGAGGCAGUGUAUCUAUUGGGCAAAAUGAAAACAACGGAGCCAACAGAUCCAACAGAUCCAAUGAAGCCCACGGAGCCAAUGGAGCCAAUGGAUGGGGAGCACCCCUUACUUGGUUCGCAAAGUGAUGCUUCGCCAUAUGACGACCCGAUGACGUUGCCCAUCGAUCUCGACGAUGACCUACCCGAUGAGCCGGUGUAUUUCGAUGCUCCCCGGGACUUGACGAAACCACUCACACCAUAUGUCGAGUCAUUGAUACAGACAUCCGCUAGAUUGCGUCGAAACCCAUUGGGUCUGAACUUUAUAGAAGAUGACGACAGUUCCGAUGAUGAGGAUACGUUUGCUAACCAAACGCUGAAACCCAUUGGUUACGAGAUGCUGAUGGCCAGGAAGCACAAGGAAAAUAUUGAACUCAUCUGCCGCUACCAUGCGGAGCAGGUGGAACUUAAGGUCCGCACCAUCGCGUUUUUAUGGGAGGACUAUAUAAGCGAUAGCACGCUGCCGCCAAACAAGACUAUUUGGAGUGUGGAGCGCCAUGAGCUCAAGCCAAGACAUGUGCCACCCAAUCCGCCGGCCCAGUCAAAUCCAACCAAUUCGAUGCCCUCCAAUGUGACGGCCCCUCCAACAUACUGGAUACCAAACAACUAUCCCAUGCAGCAUGCCAACUUGGAUCCCAAUAAUCAGUCGGCUCCGGCAACUGAAGUCCAGUACCUAAAUGAGAACUGGUGGCACAAUGCCAACUACAUGAACUUCUUUGCUAAUAUGGACCACAUCUUGGUCAACCUGUCGCAGAUGGAGCUGUACGCUGCCCAGAUGUACACCGUGUACGGCGAGGCGUUCUUCGAGACAGCCAUUGGCAGAUACUUCCCGGGAGACCCUACCGGCUCCUCCCCGCCAUUUGGUCAGAUUCAGCUCCAGUUCAUGGAGCGGAUCCGCCAGAUCCAUCAUAUCAAUAAGAUUAAUCAGAUCAAUCAGAUCCAUCGGAUCCAACAGCACCAACAGGAACCCCAGCAGUUCCAACAGUCGCAGCAGUUCCAUCAGCCGCAGCAGUUCCAUCAGCCGCAGCAGUUCCAUCAGCCGCACCAAUUCCAACAGUCGCAGCAAUUCCAACAGUCGCAGCAGUUCCAACAGUCGCAGCAAUUCCAACAGUCGCAGCAGUUCCAUCAGUCGCAGCAGUUUCAUCAGCCGCAGCAGUGCCAACAGUCGCAGCAGUUUCAUCAGUCGCAGCAGUUUCAUCAGCCGCAGCAGUUCCAUCAGCCGCAGCAGUUCCAACAGCGGCAGCAUUUCCAACAGCCGAAGCAACAGCGUUCGCGCAACUAUUCAUCGGACCUCCAAGAGAUGGGGCAUAAAAUGGACAGGACAUUACCAGGACACCGCCAGGUGCAACACGAGAAUCAGCCGAACAUGCGCUACUCAAGAGCUGGAGGGGAAGGACCACUUCCAGGACGUUUUGCUGGAGGCGGAGAGUUUGGCGGAUGCAAGCCAAAUCCCGGUCUAAAUGCUGCAAAGCCUCGUUUUAAUAACAUAAUUGAGUCGGAGCGCCAAGAAAGUGACUCUGAUGGGCGUUGGUGCUAGAGCAUCGGAUGGAAAGAAAGAUGAUCUCAAACAACUGGAAGAUCUCGCCUUGAUCAAAACACACUUCCCACCGCUACUACGGGACAUCGAACAUAUACAGGACUUAGUAACCAAAUUUGGUAAAUCUCAGGGGAACAGGACAACGUGAAACAGAAAUCUUGAAAACUUCUAUUUGUGGCCUAAAUAUAAGAGCCUUCUUUUGUAUACCCUUGAAAACAGAAUUGCAUUUACACAUGUGUAUCUACAUAUUGGUAACAAAAAACAAAAUUUUAUUUGCACACAUACGAGAAACUUUGCUAACAGAAAAACGAAAUUCAUUUACACACAUAUGUAUGUAUCUACAUAUUGUUAACAGAAAACAAAAUUGCAUUUGAAAAGAUACGAGAAACUUUUGCUAAAAGAAAACAAAAUUGCAUUUGAAAAGAUACGAGAAACUUUUGGUAACAGAAAAAAGAAUUUCAUUUACACACAUAUGUAUCUACAUAUUGUUAACAGAAAACAAAAUUGCAUUUGAAAAGAUACGAGAAACUUUUGCUAAAAGAAAACAGAAUUGCAUUUGAAAAGAAAUGAGAAACUUUUGGUAACAGAAAAAAGUAUUUCAUUUACACACAUAUGUAUCUACAUAUUGUUAACAGAAAACAAAAUUGCAUUUGAAAAGAUACGAGAAACUUUUGGUAACAGAAAAAAGAAUUUCAUUUACACACAUAUGUAUCUACAUAUUCUUAACAGAAAACAAAAUUGCAUUUGAAAAGAAAUGAGAAACUUUUGGUAACAGAAAAAAGAAUUUCAUUUACACACAUAUGUAUCUACAUAUUGUUAACAGAAAAAAGAAUUGCAUUUGAAAAGAUACGAGAAACUUUUGCUAAAAGAAAACAGAAUUGCAUUUGAAAAGAAAUGAGAAACUUUUGGUAACAGAAAAAAGAAUUUCAUUUACACACAUAUGUAUCUAAAUAUUGUUAACAGAAAACAAAAUUGCAUUUGAAAAGAUACGAGAAACUUUUGCUAAAAGAAAAAAGAAUUUCAUUUACACACAUAUGUAUCUACAUAUUGUUAACAGAAAACAAAAUUGGAUUUGAAAAGAUUCGUGAAUCUUUUGCUAACAGAAAAAAAGAAAUUUCAUUUACAUACAAAUUUAUUGGUAACAGAAAAAAGAAUUGCACUUACAAGAUAUGUGAGUAAAUUUAAUGCUUUUUCUGUUUUAACAAAAAAAAAUUUUAUUUACACAGAUACGAGAAUCUUUCGCUAAGUGAAAAUGAAUUUUAAUUUACACACAAAUCUUUUGUAACAGAAAAAGGAAUUCAUUUACACACACAUAUAUUGAUAACAGAAAAAAUAAUUGCAUUUACACUCAUACGCAAAUCUAUUGUAAACAGAAAAAAAAUUUGCAUUUACACAAAAAUUCCUUUAACAAGAAGACUUUCAUAUAUACACAAAUCUAUUGUUAACAGAAAACAGAAUUUAAUUCACUAUUUUAUAUAAACCUAAUAAAUCCACCGAACGUGCAUCAAAAUGCUUGACUCGUGUGGAAGAUAAGUUUGCUACGAUGUAUACAAUAUCGCAUUUUUGUGCCAAACAGUAAUCAGAUUCGUGAUCAAUUUCGUGAUUACAAUUUUGUGAUAGCUAGUUAUCAAUCCCUUUCUAUACAAUUUCAGGGACUAAAGCCAAACAGAAUUAUAUUUACAUUUUUUAUACAAACUACUGAUGAUAAUAAAA